AAAGGAAAGGAAGAAAGUGAGCCAUGAAAAGUCCUGAAGCGUUUAUAUUUUUUUCAAGUCAGUGGGCUAGAGAAGCGGCAGGCAGCCAGGCACCAGCCACAGCAGGAAAACAACAGCGGCAGCACAGUAUUGACUCGAUUUGCCCUAGCCGUCGGCCGCCGUCUACCACCACCACCAAGGUCGUGAUGGAUACUCAGCUUCUGAGCUUUAACCAGACCAACCUUUCUAUUAAACCCUUGCAGACCCCACCUUUUCGCUUCGCCGGCGUUCACAAUUUUAAUUAUCCUCGAUCUCUUUCCUUUGCCAAAGGAUUGAGUUUCAACAGAAUAAGGUGUGCAAUGAAGUCUUAUAAGUUAUCAGAACUUAGUCGUGCCGAGGUAGAAAGCCUCAAGGCUCGUCCCAGGAUAGAUUUUUCUUCUAUAUUCGGAAUAGUGAGUCCGAUAAUUGAUGCUGUUCGUGUAAGAGGCGAUGCUGCAGUCAAAGAUUAUACUGAAAAAUUUGAUAAAGUUAAACUGGACAAAGUUGUUGAAAAUGUCGCCGAGCUUCCUGACCCUGAGCUUGAUGCAGCUGUUAAAGAGGCAUUUGAUGUGGCCUAUGACAACAUAUAUGCAUUUCAUCUUGCUCAAAAAUCAGCUGAGAAAAGUGUUGAGAACAUGAAAGGGGUUAAAUGCAAAAGGAUGGCGAGGAGUAUUGGUUCUGUUGGUCUUUAUGUACCUGGGGGAACUGCUGUUUUGCCUUCAACAGCUCUGAUGCUUUCUGUGCCAGCACAGAUUGCUGGGUGCAAAACUGUUCUUUUAGCUACUCCCCCAAGUCAGGAUGGCAGCAUAUGUAAGGAGGUGCUGUAUUGUGCCAAGAAGGCUGGUGUGACUCACAUUCUUAAAGCCGGAGGAGCUCAGGCCAUAUCUGCAAUGGCCUGGGGUACAGAAUCUUGCCCAAAGGUUGAGAAGAUUUUUGGACCUGGAAAUCAGUAUGUAACUGCAGCAAAAAUGAUUCUCCAAAAUAGUGAAGCUAUGAUUUCAAUUGACAUGCCUGCUGGACCUUCAGAGGUUUUAGUCAUUGCUGACAAACAUGCCAGUCCUGUCCAUGUAGCUGCAGAUUUGCUUUCUCAGGCUGAGCACGGUCCUGAUAGUCAGGUUGUUCUUGUAAUAGCUGGUCAUGGUGUGGAUAUAAAAGCUAUUGAAGAAGAAGUUAAUAAGCAGUGCGACAGCCUUCCAAGGGGACAAUUUGCUUCAAAAGCACUUAGCCACAGUUUCACUGUAUUUGCUCGUGAUAUGGUGGAGGCAAUCUCCUUCUCAAAUUUAUAUGCUCCUGAGCAUCUGAUAAUCAAUGUGAAGGAUGCUGAAAAAUGGGAAGGUUUGAUCGAGAAUGCAGGUUCUGUAUUCUUGGGGCAGUGGACACCAGAAAGUGUAGGGGACUAUGCAAGCGGAACAAACCAUGUCCUUCCAACAUAUGGGUAUGCAAGGAUGUAUGGUGGAGUGUCUCUGGAUUCUUUCCUCAAGUACAUGACAGUACAAUCUUUGACAGAGGAAGGUCUUAGAAAUCUUGGCCCAUAUGUGGCAACCAUGGCUGAAGUUGAGGGUCUUGAAGCCCAUAAAAGAGCUGUGACUCUUAGACUACAGGAUAUCGAAGCUAGGCAGGUUUCCAGUAUGAGGUAACUGCAUUCAAACGAAGGUCAGAAAACUUCUCUUGUAUUGGUUGUUAUUCUUGUUGAUGGCUUCAAUUGACUUAAUACCAAUAGAAAACUAGGCCACAUUGCUGUUACUUCUCAAUUUGUUUGUUAAUGUAACAUAAAUAUUGUGGAACACUAGUCAGGCAGUGUUGCAAGUUGAAUUUGCUCUUGAUUUAUUUGAUUGACUCAUUAUGGAAGAAAUCUUAGAAGCAUUG